AAUUAAAAAGUUUUAAACAAUUUUAAUAUAUUUUCUUCACAAAAAUUGAAGAAGACAAAAAUGUCCGGAAAUGGCAGAAUGAAGAGAGUUACGGACCCGUUAAACGAUAAAGUGAAAGCUCGAAUCGUCGGCGCCGAUCUCCGGGAACUCGGUUACAUCAGCAGCGGCAGUGAACACAGCGCCGAUGCUAAUAGCGACGUCGUUUCACCUAGCUUUUCCGGUCUCGUUUUUGGUUUCCCUGAUGAUUUGGAUCAAAAUCAGUCGUCGGAAAAUGAUAACUCCAAUACUGAGUUAGAUGAGUUGUCAGUUGAUAACGUACCGGAGAUGAUUUUUCAAAGCGAUACAGAUUUGUUUAGGAAUGUGCUGUGUUCUCAUGUAUUUAAAGCGUUAGAAGUUUAUUCGUGUUUGAAAUCGAGUAAAUCGGUACUCAGAAGGAAUGUAAUGAUGUGUUUAAGAGAUUUUGGUUAUAAUGCUGCUGUAUGUAAAGCAAAAUGGGAGAGCUCCGGUGGACUUACCGCCGGGAACUAUGAGUUCAUCGAUGUUGUCCGAUCGGACGCCGUUAACAGUCAAACUCGUUACUUCGUCGAUUUGGAUUUCGCCGCGGAAUUCGAGAUCGCGAGACCGACGAACUUCUACGGACGGUUAUCGCAGUUGCUACCGAAGGUUUUCGUCGGAAAAAGCGAAGAAUUAAAGCAGAUACUGAGAACAAUGAGCGAUGCCGCUAGACGAUCGUUGAAAAGCGGAGAACUGCACCUUCCUCCAUGGAGGAAACACCGUUUCAUGCAGAACAAAUGGCUCGGUCCGUACAAACGGAUGUCGAAUAUCACUUCGUCGACGAACACUCCGGCGUUGUUUUUACCUCCAUCGAAUCAGGCAUACACCGUAAAGUGCCGAUCCGUUGGGUUCGAAACCGCCAUGAACGGCGGUCUCUGGUUGCCGGCGGUAACCCGGACUAGAUGACUUCUGAGUUCUGAUAAUGGAGUUUUUUUUUUUUUUAAAGAGUCGUCGUUUUGUGUUUAACAAAGCGUCGUCGUUUUGUGUACCAUGUGAAAAAAGAGAUAAAAUGAUCAAUCCAAACAUGGUGUAAAAAGUGUAACGCGGCAAAUACCCAUUGUGUGCUUUUGUUUAUUCUCUCUUUAUUAAGCAAAAGAUUCACGUG